GCACCUGAAAUAAUCCACCAGUGCAGCGCUCUCAAAUGAUUAGACUAGUGAAGUGGUUCCGGACUGCCACCAACAAAGCGUUUAGCAAAAAGUAUCUGCUAUUCACGAAUGUAGCCAUAUCGGUCAGUCUCUCCGGUGUCGGUGAUAUAAUCGAGCAGCAUUAUGAAAUCUACAACGGCGAGCUAGCAUCUUGGGAUCGUCAGCGGACACGCUUCAUGUCCAUAUCGGGCAUGACCGUCGGUGUGUUCUGCCAUGGCUGGUAUAACUUCAUGGACCGCCGGUUUCCCGGUCGCACCAUCGGGCUGGUACUGAAGAAGGUGCUUAUCGAUCAAACGGUCGCUUCGCCAAUAGUGAUAUUCCUAUUCUUCGCCACGCUGGCGGUGCUCAAACGUUCGUCGUUCGAGGAAAUGCGUCACGAGGUGCGGGACAAGUUCAUACGAUUGUACACCGCCGAAUGGGUUGUGUGGCCGCCGGCGCAGAUCGUUAACUUCUACUUCCUUCCUACCAAAUAUCGCGUCCUUUAUGAUAACACCAUUUCACUCGGGUACGAUGUCUACACAAGCUAUGUCAUCAAUGACGAUAGCAGUAACGAUCGAUCAGCUAUCCCGUCGUAAACGUAGGCCCCCAAGAGGCUUACCUUUCCUACACAACCAUAGGAAUAAAAGUUUGUUUAUA